GCUGGGCUGGGCUGGAGAACAUGGCGGCGGCGGUGGAGGGACAGCAGCGGCAGCGGCAGCAGCAGCAGCAACGGGCCGGGACCGGGACCACGGCCACUGUGGGCCGGUGUUGCUGGAUGAGGAGGAGGAUGAGGAUGCCGGGUGUAGCGGUGCUGGUCGCGGUGCUGGGGCUGGUGCUGGUGCCGGGGGCGCUGUGUGGGCCCGCGGGCCCGGGCAAGGAGUGCGACAAACCGUGUGUUCACGGCAGCUGCAGCGCGACCACCGGCCAGUGCGUGUGUCCGGCCGGGUGGGUGGGAGAGUCGUGUCAGCACUGCGGCGGCAGGUUCAGAUUAACUGGACAAUUUGGAUAUAUUACUGAUGGUCCAGGGAACUAUAAAUACAAGACAAAGUGUACAUGGCUUAUUGAAGGAACGCCAAACACUAUAUUGAGGCUUCGAUUCAUUCACUUUGCUACAGAGUGCAGCUGGGAUCACUUAUACGUGUAUGAUGGGGACUCUAUUUACUCACCAUUAUUAGCUGUGUUCAGUGGUUUGAUCGUACCUGAGAAGAAUGGGAAUGGAACAAUACCAGAAGUUGUUUCAAGAUCUGGGUAUGCUUUGCUGCAUUUUUUCAGUGAUGCCGCAUACAAUCUGACUGGAUUCAACAUAACGUACAACAUCAACUCUUGCCCAAACAACUGUUCAGGGCAUGGAGAAUGUGUGGAAGGCACUGACAAUAACACUGUCCAAUGUCUGUGUGGAGAAAACUGGAAAGGAGAGUCGUGUGAUAUACCUUACUGCGUGGACAAUUGUGGCUUUCCACUCCGCGGUGAAUGUGACUUGAACGAUACCAAAGCUUGUCUGUGUAAAGAUGGCUGGCGAGGUCCUGACUGCUCACUUCGAGCGAAUCAAUCAUUUUGGGAAUGGGAUGAGUAUGAGGUGCCCAUGCUGGGCCGGGCUUCCCACAAGACAGUUGUCAGUGACAAUGUCAUGUGGGUUAUUGGAGGUUACGUGUUCAAUUACUCCGAGUACCAGAUGGUUGCAGCUUUUGACUUAAGAGAACUGAAAUGGCAGAAGUUGAAGAAAUCAGCAGACCAAGUGGUUGGGCGAUAUGGCCAUUCUGUGGCUCUGUAUAAGGAUAAAAUUUACAUGUACGGAGGGAAAAUUGACUCGACGGGAAAUAUCACCAACCAGCUGUGGGUGUUCCACAUUCAGAAUCAGUCAUGGGUGCCGCUGACUCCGAAGGCAAAGCAGCAGUAUGCAGUGGUGGGCCACUCUGCACAUGUAGUGCGGAUGAACGAUGGCAGUGUUAUGAUGUUGGUCAUCUUUGGCUACUGCCCGCUUUACGGAUAUGUCAGCAAGAUACAAGCAUAUAAUCUUGGUAAAAAUACAUGGAAUAUACUGCAAACAAAUGGUGCCUUAGUUCAAGGAGGCUAUGGUCAUAGCAGUGUAUAUGACUUGAAGACACGAGCUAUUUACAUACAUGGUGGAUAUAAAGCUGACAGUGCAAAUAAAUACGGCCUCAGAGAUGACCUGUACCAGUAUGAUGUGGAUAGCUUUAAAUGGACAAUUUUAAAGGACAGAGGCUUCUUCCGUUAUCUGCACACGGCCAUUAUUGAAAGCGGGACAAUGUUGGUAUUUGGUGGUAACACUCACAAUGACACUUCUAUGAGCCACGGAGCAAAAUGCUUUUCUUCAGACUUCAUGGCUUAUGACUUGGCUUGUGAUGAGUGGACUGUGUUGCCUGCGCUGGACCUCCCUCACGAUGUAAACCGGUUUGGUCAUUCGGCUGUAUUCAGCAAUGGCACUAUGUACAUUUUUGGCGGGUUCAACAGUCUUCUGCUGAGCGAUGUACUUAUGUUCACGCCAGCCAAGUGUGACGCUUUCUCUGACGAGGCACCGUGCAUGGAAGCGGGGCCUGGAAUCCGAUGUGUCUGGCGCACAAACACAUCGCAAUGUGUGCCUUGGGAAAUGGCAACAGAGGGAGAAAAGCAUCAGAUUUCAAAAACAUGUGUCAACAAGACCUACGCAGAUAACGAAAAGUGUGAUCAGUACACCGAUUGCUACAGCUGUACUGUGAACACAAAUGGUUGUCAAUGGUGCCAUGACAAGUGCUUGUCAAAGAACAGUAACUGCACGGAAGCCUCUGGAGCAAUUGGGAGUUUUGGAGCUUGUCCAAAGGAUAAACCCGAGUACGUUUGCAAUAAGCUGACAAGCUGCAAAAGUUGUGCUGUGGACCAGAACUGUCAGUGGGAGCCUCGGAAUCAAGAAUGCAUUCCGUUACCCGAAACUAUAUGUGGAGAGAACUGGCACUUAGUGGGAAAUUCAUGCCUGACAAUCACCAAUAUAAAAAAUGACUACGAUAAUGCAAAACUGUUCUGCAGAGGUCAGAAAGCUGCAUUAGUUUCACUGACGUCACAGAAGAAAGUUGACUUUGUUCUGAAGGAAUUACAGAUCAUGCACAUGUCGAACAAAGAAGACUUAACCCCUUGGGUUGGGUUACGGAAAAUAAAUGUUUCUUAUUGGUGCUGGGAAGAUAUGUCACCCUUCACAAACACAUCACUACAAUGGAUGAAUGAGGAGCCAAGUGAUGCAGGAUUUUGUGGCUAUAUGGCAGAACCAAACUAUGCCGGCUUGAAAGCAGCAACCUGCAUCAACUUAGUGAAUGGAAGUGUAUGUGAAAGACCAGCAAACCACAGCACCAAUCAGUGCCGCACACCUUGUGCAUUGAGGACCGGAUGUAGUGAAUGUACAACUGGCAACUCGGAGUGUAUGUGGUGCAGCAACAUGAAGCAGUGUGUUGAUGCCAAUGCUUAUGUGGCUUCAUUUCCUUUUGGCCAGUGCAUGGAAUGGUCUACUUCCAACAAUUGUUCACCUGAGAAUUGUUCUGGUUACCGUACGUGCAGUCACUGUUUGGAGCAGCCUGGAUGUGGAUGGUGUACUGACCCCAGCAAUACAGGAAAAGGACAGUGCAUAGAAGGAUCUUAUCGUGGGCCAAUGAAAAUAUCGACAGUAAACACCCCCCCUACACCCAUUCUCAACAUCAGCAUGUGUCCAGCGGAAACAAAGUUCAACUGGUCCUUUAUCCAGUGUCCAGCUUGUCAGUGUAACGGCCACAGCAAGUGUGUAAAUGAAAGCAUCUGUGAAAAAUGUGAAGACCUAACAACUGGCAACCACUGUGAUACUUGCAUCUCUGGUUAUUAUGGUGACCCGACAAAUGGAGGAAGUUGCCAAUCCUGCAAGUGCAAUGGGCAUGCAUCCAUCUGCGAUACUAAGACAGGCAAAUGCUUCUGCACCACUAAAGGAAUCAAAGGCGACAAGUGUCAGCUAUGUGAUGUGGAAACACGAUAUCAGGGAAAUCCAUUGAGAGGAACUUGUUACUACACGCUGCUGAUUGACUACCAGUUCACCUUCAGCCUCUCUCAAGAGGAUGACCGUCACUACACUGCUAUUAACUUUGUUGCCACCCCUCAGGAGCAAAACCGAGACCUGGAUAUGUUUAUCAAUGCAUCAAAAAACUUCAACCUGAACAUAACAUGGUCAAAUAGUUUCUUGGCAGGGACACCGCCAGGAGAAGAAAUGCCGAUCAUUUCAAAGACCAACAUCAAGGAAUACAAGGAUAGCUUCUCCAAUGAGAAGUUCGAUUUCCGUAACAAUCCUAACAUAACUUUCUUUGUGUACGUAAACAACUUCACCUGGCCUAUAAAAAUACAGAUUGCCUUUUCACAACAUAGCAACUUUAUGGACCUCGUGCAGUUCUUUGUCACCUUUUUCAGUUGUUUUCUGUCCUUAUUGUUGGUGGCUGCUGUGGUGUGGAAGAUUAAGCAGAGCUGCUGGGCAUCAAGGAGAAGAGAGCAACUUCUACGAGAGAUGCAACAGAUGGCGAGUCGACCCUUUGCCACGAUCAAUGUCGCCUUGGAGACAGAAGAGGAGCCACCUGAUCUUAUUGGAGGAAGCAUCAAGAGUAUCCCGAAGCCCAUAGCAUUAGAGCCGUGUUUUGGCAAUAAAGCAGCUAUCUUAUCGAUAUUUGUACGACUACCAAGAGGAUUGGGAGGAAUCCCACCGCCUGGACAGUCAGGUCUUGCUGCAGCCAGUGCAUUGGUAGACAUCUCCCAACAGAAGUCCCUGGAUCACAAAGAGAAAUCCGGAGCGAUGCGGAAUAGGAAACACCUUCCCCCUGCACAGCCAGGCACUUGCAUCUGAUGCUGUCAAUCCUCCUUUGUCAAGCCCGAAUACUUUUUUUUUGAAAAACAAGAAAACUUAGCUUGAGGAGCCGGUCCACCUUCUGUUCUGAGAUUAUGGCCAAACACAAAAACUAAAACCAUUUUGAGAAACACAGAAAUCUCCAUCUGCUCCCCCCCCCCCCCCCCCAACCUGCAUGUCUGCGACUUUCUUACAGAAGAUUACGUGCUAGUAUCUAUGUCUCCGAGACCAAGUUUUCUCAUCAGCCCACCUUUUUGCUUUUGCCUUUGCGUUCACCUAGUGAAAACUAUUGUGAUAGAAUUGUCCAGAGGAACAGGGAAAACUAUGUUCAAAGGCGGUGGCGUCUGGUCUUUCAAAUACUUUGAUUCUUCACAAGGCACUUUGGACAAAAUGACUCUGUAUAAUCCAAGAGACAUAGUGGCGGAUGUUAAUGGGCGUGACGUUCCUUGGUUCUGACUACUGCAGCAGAUUAUCGUCCUCUCUUUCGGAGGGCGGUAGAGGGAAGUGAAGACCGUCUGGCUUGGCUUGCUUAGGAUUCCAGCUCUGAUUUAGAAUGGUCGCAGGUUGUAUCAACACAGGGAAGUGUAUAAACAUACCUCAGUUUAGAUAUAAACCCAACAGUAGUCUUCCAAGAUAACUUCAAUUACAACUUUCAUAGCCUCCAGAAACCUUAUAAGGAAGCUGCAAAACUAAACACAUUUUAUUGGAAUAACACUAUCAGCUGAUUCUUGUUCUUCUCUCUGUAGUCAGGUUCAGGCGGGCAGGAGGCCGGGUAUAUUUAUUUAUUUUACAGGGAACAUGGUAAGACGUACAAAAUGGAAAGCAAGCUGAUUUUUCGUUAUUUUAUUUGUCCCGAAAACAAAAAAGCAAAGCAAAUUGGCAUUACAUUUUAUAUUUGCCCUAAACAGUGAAAGUUAAGGAUGUCUUGUGGAAGAGAAAUGGUCUGUAUCAGCUUGGCUCGUAAUCACGGUAUAGCUGCUCUCGACAGGGCAGUAAGGAACAGUUCACCUCUGGAAGUAGCUUGCAUGUCUAGUGAUGCUCGAUCAAAAUUAUAUCUUGAUCCCAAUAUAAGCUAUCAUGAGAAACAGGAAAAUAAAAGACCUUCACCCAUUGUAGUUAUCCGCUUUACCACAAUAACUCGGUGGAUCUGUUCCUCAGUGAUUCGGGUGCACUAUGCUGGAUGUCAUCUCCUUAACAUUUUGUAACACUAGCAAAACCGUGUCAGAUAAAGCAUCCAGUGUUUUUGUUUUCUGUGCUGUUGCGCUACCUUUUAAUGGAUGAGAGCAAUAUUAUUUGCCUUGAGAUAUAUAUAUAUAUUAUAUAUAUAUAUAUAUAUAUAUAUAUAAUAUAUAUAUAUUUUUUUUUAAACUGUGGUCUUAGGGCUGGCUGGUGAGGUCGUGAAGUAUCUCUAGGUUAUUCUUUGCUGCUGAAUGCCGAGCCAGCGAUGUUGUGGUCAAAGGAGUGGAAACGUCAAACGGCCCAAGUCUAUGGAAGCUGAAGAUGUUGGAAACACCCAGCCAGGUCGGCAAUUGCAGGGAGACCAAAUGGAAGAGUUGCAAGCCCGGCCCUUCUGCAGACCCAAGUAUCAUGUUCAUCUCGAUUAGCUUCUCUUAAUCAAAGACAGUUUGCCUCCAAAAUGUUAAACCCUUUUUUCCUCUCAGAUACCUGGAGCAUGCUUCCAGCAUUUCCUGACACUGAAAUAUUAAUUCCAGAUUUUAAGUGCGAGCAACUGUUUCAGAUUCAUUCCCUUGAGUCAAGCUGUUGAUAUUGCAUUUUACUAAUGGAAAACUAACAAAAGUGCAUGAUAAAUCAAUUUAAUGUUGCCGUUUUGAGACUCGGAAUUAUCGGAACAUUUAACUGGAGCUUACUUAAUUCAUGGGUUUCAAAUGACCCAGAAAUGUAAUUAUGACUGUGACCUGAUGGCUAUCUGACAUGGUAAAUUAAAGCACUCAAAGAUGGAUCAAAUGUACAUAGAACUCGCUCCGUUCUGAAGCUGCAUAAAUGGCAAUGAUUCAUAAUUAACACAAGAAACCUGAACUGUUGGAAGUGGUUAAAUGCAAGGGGCUUCUGCAGCAACGGCAACAGCUCGCUGCGUACCAGUCUCAUUCAUCUCGAUUAUUCAACUCAGGAUUCCUCCUAAGAUCAAAGGUCAGUGCACAAACCCUACACUCCGGGGAGAUAUUCUGUCCAGUUGACUUGCGCUGGGGAAAUAGGGUGGAAAGAAAGAAGGCAAGAUGUCUUACUGUAAUACAAUUUCAACUCUCCUCGUCCAACUGUGCUGUCAACGAUUGUACCAACUGAUGUGGAUAUGAAAUCAGGGCAUUUUUCUUUCAAAACGUUGCUUCAAACUUUGGCAUCUUAAAAGUAUCUAAUGGCCACUAAAACACGGAUUUCCUACCAACACGAGGAAAAACUGGAAUCUAAAUCCUUCCCAAAAAUUCAGUGGAGUAAACGGAAGGAAACAAAGAUGCCUGAAAUAUUUGAACAUUGUCUAUACAUCGCAAGCAACCUGAUAAUGUACACUUGUCUGAUUAAUUGGUUAUGUAGUACAUUCUUUGAUCUUUUAAUGUCUGGAUGCUGUAGUCACAUCUAUUAAAUACUAUGUUUCAUACU